CUCCUUGGGAUCUCAUAGUCUCACAAAGGGUCAAAACGCCAGCAUGGUAUUCGGACUUUAUCUCUGCAGAGGAGAUCUCUCGCCGGAAGAUUGUGGUUAUUGUGUUGUAAAUGCUUCUAAAGAUGUUCGGAGUAGAUGUUUACGAGGGAAAGAGUUCUUGAUUCAGUAUGAUGAGUGCAUGCUUGGAUACACGGACCGGAAUAUUUUCAUGGAUGCUGUAACCACAAGGUCCACUCCUACAAUAAUCACUUGGAACACUCAGAAUAUUAAGGCGGACUUGGACCGGUUCAACGAUACUGUGUUUUCUCUGAUUAACAAGUCUGCAGUGGAAGCGGCUAAUAGCAAAUCAAAGAAAUUCGCGGUUAUGAAAUCGAAUUUCACUUCGUCCCUGACGGUAUAUUCAUCGGUUCAGUGUAUUCCUGAUCUGUCUAGUGGAGAAUGCUUAAGCUGUCUCCAACAGUCCAUCAAUGAUUUUUUUUUCACCAAAGUUGGUGGAAGAGUUCUUGUCCCGAGUUGUAACUUAAGGUACGAGAUUUACCCUUUCUACGAUGAAUCCUCUGUGACAACUCUCUCUCCAUUGCCGCCAGUUUCAGCUCCUCCAUUGCCAGUAAAGAUUCCUCACCUGGUUUUAGCUCCUCCACUGCCGGCUGGUAAAGGUGCCCUCUCUCUCUCUGUUUUUCUUUCAUUUGCUUGAUUGGAUUGUGACAGACAACUAUACAUAAUUUGUCUGAUCUAAUACUUUGGCAGGAAAAAGAGGAAAUUCCACGAGGGUAAUCUUAGAAAUUUGUGUGCCGGUCGCUUUUUCUGUUCUUCUUUUUGUGGCUGUCUUUAGCUUCCGUUUGACAAAGAGAGUGAAGAAGACUAAUGACACAGCAGCUGCAAAUGAAGGUCAAGAUUCCAA